GCGCUGACAUCACGGCGCGGCCCGGCGGGGCGGGCCCGGGGGGGCGGGCGCGGCCCCCGCCCCGCUCCGCGCGGGUAGUGGUGGAGCGGCGGCUCCGCAUCCCGCAUCGCUGCCGGUGCGCAGGGGGCCGCCCGCAUGGUGGACAUCCUCCUCCCGCGGCCGCUCCCGGGCGCCAUGGGGGAGCCCUCCAAGAGGCGGCCGGGGCUGGCCCUGUGCGCGGGCUGCGGGGGCCGCAUCCAGGACCCCUUCCUGCUGCGGGUGUCGCCGGACCUGGAGUGGCACGUCGCCUGCCUCAAGUGCGCCGAGUGCGGGCAGCCCCUGGACGAGACCUGCACAUGCUUCCUGCGCGACGGCAAGGCCUACUGCAAACGGGAUUACAGCAGGCUCUUCGGCAUCAAGUGCGCCCAGUGCCGGGCGGCGUUCAGCAGCAGCGACCUGGUAAUGCGCGCCCGCGACCACGUCUACCACCUGGAGUGCUUCCGCUGCGCCGCCUGCGGCCGCCAGCUCCUGCCCGGAGACCAAUUCUGCCUGCGGGAGCGCGACCUGCUCUGCCGCGCCGACCACGGGCCGCCCCCCGACGGCGCCGCCGCCCGCGGACCGCGCAGCCCCGCGCUGCCGCCGGCCGCGCACCUCGCAGAGCCGGUGCCCGGGCGGCCGCCUGCCCCGCGGCCGCCGGCGCACAAGGCGGCGGAGAAGACCACCCGCGUGCGGACGGUGCUGAACGAGAAGCAGCUGCACACGCUGCGGACCUGCUACGCCGCCAACCCGCGCCCCGACGCCCUGAUGAAGGAGCAGCUUGUGGAAAUGACGGGGCUCAGUCCCCGCGUCAUCCGCGUCUGGUUCCAGAACAAGCGCUGCAAGGACAAGAAAAAGUCCAUCCUCAUGAAGCAGCUCCAGCAGCAGCAGCACAGCGACAAGACGAGCCUGCAGGGCCUCACCGGGACGCCGCUGGUGGCCGGGAGCCCCAUCCGCCACGAGAGCGCCGUGCAGGGCAGCGCCGUGGAGGUCCAGACCUAUCAACCACCCUGGAAGGCGCUCAGCGAGUUCGCCCUGCAGAACGAUCUGGAGCAGCCCGCCGCCUUCCAGCAGCUGGUGAGCCGCGCCGGGCCGUCCGUCGGGCCGCAGGGGACGGGCAGAUCCCGGCCCGCCGGGCCCGGGCGCUGCGGAAGGGGGACGGGGCAGGGGGCGACCUCGCCGGGACCUCACCGCCGCUACUCCCCCAGGUCUCCUUCUCCGAGUCCGGCUCCUUGGGCACCUCCUCCGGCAGCGACGUGACCUCGCUGUCCUCCCAGCUCCCCGACACCCCCAACAGCAUGGUACCCAGCCCGGCCGAGACGUGAAGCGGCCCGUCCGCCCCGCCGCGGGACCUCCGCAUGCCUGCGCUCCCUGCAUGAGACACCCGGCCCCGGGCCGCUCCCAGAGCGCCGGACAAACGCCUUUGUUUUUUAAUUAUUCUUAUUUAAAAACAAACAAAAAAUACGUUACUGACGGCCAAAAAAGCACCGGGAUCCUCGCUGCCUUCACCAGACCAGAGGGAGAGCCCCCGCCCUGGUUAUUUCGUGGGGUUUUUUUUGUUUGAUUCUUUUUUUUUUUUUUUUUUCCCUGCGGAUUUCGAUGUUUCUUUUCCCCAAAGAA